AUGCGUAAAAUUUCUGAUAUAGUUGUACGAAAUGAUAUAUAUGCAUUGACAGUCAAAUUGUUGUACAGUGUAUCAAUUAUUCUGUUGAUCAUAUGGUCGAUCAACAUUAUACCAAGUCUCUUUCAAUGGAGAAUCAAUCAAGUCGAUCAUGAUGUAAUACCUAAAACAAUAGAAUUUUUGUGCAGCAAUAUAUCUGUUCCAAACGGGUCAGAAUCGGAUCUUGCUAGUUUAUUGCACAAAAUAUAUUCCCCUAUCAGUAAAACGUCCGUUCAAAAAUACCCACUGAGAUUCAGUCUGGAAGAAAAUAGACUGGAGAAAUUAUAUGAUUCAUUGGGUAUGAAUAAGACGGUGAAAACGUUUCUCAACUAUGGGCAUCGUACAAUUUUUACACCAAUGGAUUUUUCAAAAUGUCAUGCCUCCAAAUGUGCAGUUAUCACAGAUAUGAACAGAUGGCGAGAAGCUGAUGCACUUAUACUGACAGAAGAUAAAGUGCCAAACGGAAUUCGACCACCUGAUCAGUUAUGGUUUAGUUUAAUACAAGAGUCGCCUGUACAUAUUGCUAUGGCAGGUUCUCUGGAAAAUGAAAUUAAUCACACUAUCUCCUUCCGUUUGGAUUCAACGAUUUAUUCGCCGUACGGUUCCUAUGAGCCAUACAUAAAGCACCAUGGACCGGAAACACGAUAUCCUUUGCCUUCUAGAAACUUCGCUACUGGUAAAUCAAAAAAAGUUGCAUGGUUUGUGAGUAACUGUAUACCGAAAAGUCCAAGAAUGCAAUACGCCAAAGAACUUUCACGACAUAUCCCGCUUGAUAUUUAUGGUCAGUGUGGCACGUUAUCAUGUCCAAAGCUUAAUCCGACUUUUAUGUCAUCAGAUAGCUGUUUGAAAAUGAUUCGCGAAAAUUAUAAGUUUUAUUUGAGCUUCGAAAAUAGCUUGUGCACUGAAUACAUAACAGAGAAGUUGUAUAAAAAUGCAUUGAAAAACGACAUACUUCCUAUUGUGAUGGGUGCCUCGAUCGAGGAAUAUGAAAGAGUCGCUCCUCCAUAUUCGUUCAUUCACGUUGAUCAAUUCGAAUCACCAGCUAAACUGGCAGAAUAUUUGAAGUAUUUGGACAAGAACGAUACUGCAUAUAAUGAAUAUUUUGCAUGGCAUGGUCAUGGGAUCAUACAUGAUUACGAUGCACAACCUCAAUGUGCAAUGUGUCUGCUAGCUCAUACAUCUCAUGCGUUUGGUCCAUAUUGGGUUCCGAGAGUGGCGCGAUGGUGGAAUGAUGGAUGCAACGGUCGGAAAUUGCGUUGGAAUCCAUGA